UCUCGAAGGUUGUCUUUCGGAAAUUCUUUGGAGGGUUUCAAGGCCUUUUCGAUUUCCACCUCAUUCAGGAUUGAAUUCAUAAUGAGCAGUUGCUUGCGACAGUUGAUGACAAACAUGGAUUGUCACUUGUGUGAGUGCAUGAGAGGCUCAGUACCUGUUCAUGAGACACUCUCAAAUAUGUACCCAACAAGGAUGAAUGAGAAAACAUUGCCCAUUACUUGCCUCCAUUUGUGGCAGAUCAUGUGGACACUAUAGAAACCAAAUCUAGGGUCAAAUAGUCUAAGUUUAACUCGACACAGGUUGCAUGAGAUUGGUGAUACCUCUGGAACUUUCAUCCCACUAUGACUUUGGCGGAGUUUGGCCCUCGGGAGCACGUGCUCAGAAGUGUCUAUAGCCGAGUUUUCGAGUUGCCGUGAGGUUUUUGAGGGAACAGGCCACUGCCGCGUUUCUGAAGUUGGGUUGGGGUGAGAAUGAUGGAUGAGUCGAUGAAAAUGAGCGCUUCUACUCCACUUCCGAUAGUCACGCCGACUGCGGCGACAAUGGACACCACGCUACACAGACUCAAACCGAAGCCGAUGACCCGUCGCGGCCUUAUGGUUGCCCUCUCGUACAUGGCCUGUGCAGUUCUAUUGGUGAUGUUCAACAAAGCAGCGUUGUCGAGUUAUAAAUUUCCUUGUGCAAAUGUCAUCACAGUAAUGCAGAUGAUAGUAUCAACCUCAUUGUUAUACGUCCUUCGAAAACUGGAUAUCAUCAAAUUUACGGAUGACAGCCCGGAUAGAGCCGCGUUCAAACGCUUUGUUCCCUUACGAAUACUUCGUGAAACAUCCCCUCUGUCAAUUGCCUACUUAUUCUAUAUGGUGGUGGGAAUGGCUUCAAUAAGAGGUGUAAGUGUGCCCAUGUACACUACUCUGCGGAGAACAACGGUACUAUUUACUAUGAUCAUGGAAUAUUUCCUUGUAGGGCAAAGACAUACGAACCCUGUUAUUGCAAGUGUGGCAAUCAUCGUCUUUGGAGUCAUCAUCGCAGGAUCGAGAGAUUUCUCAUUUGAAUUAGGAGGCUAUGCUUUAGUUUUUCUAUCUAAUUUGACAACAGCUAUUUAUCUUGCCACCAUUGCACGCCUUGGAAAGACAACAGGGCUGAACAGCUUCGGCCUCAUGUGGUGUAAUGGCAUCAUUUGUGGUCCAUUACUAUUCGCAUGGAUUUUCUUUAGUGGUGAACUCGACAUGGCUAUUCGUUUUGAAUCUAUCCACGUUUUAGGAUUUCAGCUUGUCACGGCGUUGUCCUGCAUGAUGGCGUUUUGUUUGAAUUACACCAUCUUCCUGAAUACCACUCUCAACUCUGCUCUUACGCAGACCAUGUGUGGCAAUCUCAAGGACCUAGGCACCGUUCUGAUUGGCUGGAUCUGGUUUGGUGGGUUGCCAUUUGACUGGCUCAAUGUGUUUGGGCAGUUGUUAGGCUUUAUUGGAUCAGGCAUGUAUGCAUACUGCAAGUUGAAAGGGAAAUAGAGGUUGAUUUUCACCCUGUCUCCAACUUCAUACAAUAAUUGUCAUCCACUGGAUAUUACCGAACAGCUACUCGUUUGAUUUACUGUUUUUUUCGGUCAUCCAUCUCUCCUUCGGGGCUCUCGCUUAGUCCAUUAGUUAAGAUUCUGAAAAGCUCUCACGCAAUGUAACGUAGUCUUAGUUGCUGCAGAAACAAGUGCAUUCAUCAUGUAACAAUAUCAAUGAACUUCCAGUUUUCUUUUAUAUCAAUAUUGUCUACACCGGCAGUAUGUACUUCA